GACUGUUCCCUCUCUGCUGGGGAAGUGUCAAAGUGGAGAGUGGAAACAUCCCUGCUCCAGUACAGGAUCGACCAGACCAACGCCAACACUGGACAGAUAGACAGACGGGAGAGUCAGGUAAGGACUGAAGACAGACGAGAGAUGUUGUCCAGCAUGAAUGACAAACAGAGAGCGUUACACGCUAAGGUUCUGUCCAAGGAGGCCAAAAGAGGGGGUCUGAACCUGGGGAAGAAGAUCAGUGUUCCCAAGGAUGUGAUGAUGGAGGAGCUGAAUCUUCCCUCUAAUCGAGGCUCUCGCAUGUUCCAAGAGAGACAGAAGAGAGUGGAGAGGUUCACCCUGGAGAACAGCGGUGCUUACAACACCAGUGAUGUCCAUCUCGAGGCCACCCCUCCCCCACAAAUCAUCCCAGAGCCACAAGGAGGAAAAGAAAACCAGGCUUUCUCCAUCCCGGGUAAGCAUAGCCUGGUCAUGAACCUACAGAAGACUGUGUCAAAGAAGGGUAGACCCGACGUCAUCGCUCCAGGAUACACUGGCCCUCUGAAGGCAAUUCCUCAUGAGAAGUUCAACACAACAGUAAUCCCCAAAUCCUACAGCUCCCCGUGGACGGAAGCUAUGGGGAGCAGUGAAGACCUCCUGAACAGCCUCAAUAUCCAGCUGCCCCAGCUCCCAGAAAGGCCUGCAAACUAUAGGUGCUUCAACAGAUCUGCCAUGCCAUUUGGGGGCAUUAUGGCCAGCAAGAGGGUGAUACCAGUGAUUGACUUUGAGGCAGUGGAAUCCCACAAUCUGCCAAGCAUUGCUCUGGAACGCAUGUGCAGACGCCCCAACUUCAACAGGGCACCCAAGGGAUGGGGAGUUGAUUACAACCCUGAAUCUAAUGAACUGUGAAGCAAAACUGAUAAGCCAAAGACUUUUAAGUGCUGACCUAUGCUUGCUCUUCUCCUACGAUGAAAAUGAUCCUAAUGUUCAUUAGUUGACGUAAAAAACAAGGGGGGGAGGGGGAGCCUGCAUGAUAUAGACACUUGCUAACAUGGCAAGAAUUGACAAGCUGAGGCAAUUACUGUAUGAUUACAUAAGUUAAUACCACAGUAGAUUCUAGGACAAUCUCCUGACUUUACUCAAAAAACUACAGCAGGUUUGUUUUUCUACCACAGUCAACAGAAGCGAUAAAUCUUUACAGAAUAACAACAUGUACAACAGAUGAUCAAUGACAAAAGUUGAGUCAUUUUAAUGACAAAUGAAAACAUAAUACAAAGUAAAUGUCACAUUAAAAGUCUUAAUGUUGUGGAAUAUUAAGAUUCUGUCAAAUAAAAAAGGUCAGUGAAACUGAAAA